AUGACGACACUCCUUAAGAACGUCACCAACAGCAUCUGGCAUGCGUUCCGAGCCCUUCAGCAGGACACUUCCGGAUUCGUGGGAAAAUCCAAACUUAAGGUUCUGACGGCCAACAUUGCCACCCUGCUGGACCUGUACGGCGUCGAACGAGGACUGGACCAUUUCCGGUCGACGGCAACGCUGAACUUCGACCACUACCUGUACUACCUUGGACAGGAGGUGUUUUCCUCCAUUUCCAGCGAGCUACCGCUGUCUGCGCUGCGAAACUAUGAGACUAAAAUUGAUGAGGUUUGCUGGCUUGUAUGCCGUAAAGACUUCGAGGACAUUGACGUUUCCUACUAUAAGCAAGAUGCGGUGUAUCAGUUGUUCCGGAUCUUCUGCCUGAUGGCCGAUUUGUAUAGUGACGAUAUGGAUGACAAUCAGUUUAUGGUGAAGAUUCACCCAACGGAAGCGUUGAUUGUGGUGAAACAGCUACUGAACUCACUUGGGCUGGAUUACAAUAACGAGGAAAAGUAUGAUUACCUUAAAACGUCGGACGACAGUUUGGAUUUUGGCGAGUUUUUAGGGAUUCUGAAAUUCAAAGACUACAGUAAGGUGAACGACUAUGCGGCAUCCAUCUGCGAAGCCAUUAGAGAUAUUUACCAGACGCUUAUUAUGGAUGUCAUCAAAAAGGGUUAUUUGUACAGAAGAGGUUAUGUUCUGCCCACGUUUCGAGAGUACUUUUUUGUUCUGCAACCCUGUGAGUUGUCGUACUAUAAGCAUCAUACGGAUAAGGAUGUUUGUGGGACGAUUGCGUUGGAUUCUAAGUUCAUGGUGAAGCCAAGUAUUUCCUCUUCGGGAAGGACCGAACGGGUUCAGAAGUUUACGCUAAUCUCAGGGGAUCGAACGUAUGAGCUGGGGGCACAGGAUCACAAGACGCGACUCCAGUGGAUUUCGGCUUUACAGCUAGCUAUCACUUACUCCACUGGACGGGAGGGAUUUCAGAGGGAUACCGUGAAUCGGAGGAAGCAGCAGCGUGAGCUGGAGCUAAGAAAGCGUCGUGAGGAGGAAAAUAUGCGUAGUAUUCACCUGAAGCAGUUGCAGGAGACAAACGUUCGGCUGGAGCAGGAAAAGUUGGCACGAUUGGCGGCCGAAUCACAGGCUCGACAGUUUCAGGAGGUAGCACGGGAAGAUUCCCGCCGCGUAGCGGAGCUGGAAGAUGUUAAACUUUGUUUGGAGAAGAUGCUCGAGGAUGAGAUUCAAGCCAAACGGGAUGAGGAGAUUGUUAGGGCACUGCAGGCACGCGUUUUGGCUGAGGAAUGGGAAAAACGGGAAGAGUUGGAAAGUUUGCAAGCGGAGCAGAAUGUUCUGUUGGAGCAGGAACGACAAAAGCGGAUCGAAUUUGAGCAUAGGCAGCAGGAAAAUGAGAAGCGCUUUAAGGAAGCGGAACAGAAGUUGCGCCAGCUGGAGGAGGAACGGAAGAAGCUGGACCGAGAGCUAAAGCAGGCGCGACAGAAGAUUCAACUGUCGGAAGAUAAUAAAGGAAUAGUCGAAGCCAAGUUACAGGCAAUGGCUCCGACGUUCCGUAAAGCUCCCGAUUUUAUGAUCCGUCGAACUCAAUCGUUUGUGGCUUCUGACCGUCCAGUUGUGAUGGCAAUUCCACGCUGA